CCCGGCAGGAUUAGAAUGGGCGAGGCGGCUGCGCAGUAUAACCCAGAGCCCCCGCCCCCACGCACUCAUUACUCCAACAUCGAGGCCAACGAGAGUGAGGAGGUCCGGCAGUUCCGGAGGCUCUUUGCCCAGCUGGCUGGAGAAGACAUGGAAGUCAGUGCAACAGAACUCAUGAACAUUCUCAACAAGGUCGUGACCCGACACCCUGAUCUGAAGACUGACGGUUUUGGCAUUGACACAUGUCGCAGCAUGGUGGCCGUGAUGGAUAGUGACACAACAGGCAAGCUGGGUUUCGAGGAGUUCAAGUAUUUGUGGAACAACAUCAAAAAGUGGCAGGCCAUAUACAAAAAGUUUGAUGUUGACCGUUCAGGGACCAUUGGCAGCAGUGAACUUCCCGGGGCCUUUGAGGCAGCAGGGUUCCAUCUAAAUGAGCAUCUCUACAACAUGAUCAUCCGACGCUACUCAGAUGAGGGAGGGAACAUGGAUUUUGACAACUUCAUCAGCUGCCUGGUCAGGCUGGAUGCCAUGUUCCGUGCUUUCAAAUCUCUUGAUAAAGAUGGCACCGGACAAAUUCAAGUGAACAUCCAAGAGUGGCUGCAGCUGACUAUGUAUUCCUGAAUGGGAACCCCAGACUUCUCCUCUCAUCACCUCGCUAUAGGUGUCACCUUGGACUUUUUGGUCUCUCCCAGGGCUGAUCCUGUCUGCAGUCAUGUCUUUGUAGGUCCUGCCAACCCACCGGCUUUUCCAUUCUCCCAGCUGUUGGCAACUAGCUUCUCAGACAACAGCUAGGACUCAACAUGUCCCAACAUGCCAUGCCCCAAGUUACCUCUGACUCUAAGACACUCUAACACACCAGGCCCCAUGGGUCACUUACCCUCAGCACAUCCAUUUCACACCCACUCCAUAACCCUUCUCAUGCAUCUGUGCCAAGUUGUGUUGCUUCCACACCCCAAGGGCCCUUCUCUAAGUUCUGGGAGGAUCACCCCAGUCCCUAUGCAGCCUGGUACCUGUUCACAGUUAACCACCCAGGCAGCUGAACUCCAGGCCAUAACAGGCCUACAUGCCCCAGUGCCUUUGUAUUCUGCUCCCAGCCUGCUAGGCCCUGGAGGAAAUAAAUGCACCCAGUUGCUGCUCUGA